GUGAGGCAAGACCUCAAGCCGCAUGAUAUGCACGAUUUCUGGAGAUGUGAGUGUAACCUGUCCACAUACGCCAAUUUCAUCGCCCGGCUACGCGAGGAGGCCGUAGAACAGCUGGACGUCAAUUAUUCUAUCCAGUUUGAUCCUUCGCAACGCACAUCUUCUAUUGAUAUUACAUUGGACGAUUGUGUCGAUUUGGUAGAAACGGCAGAGCCAAUAUCCUGGGCUGCUCUCUCUCCGGCUGCUGUGGAGCACAAUUUGAUUGCCGUUGCUCUCAUGCAGUCGUGUGAUCGACAAGCCAUUUUGGUUGAUCCAGUCAUUGGUGCGCCAGCACUGAGUUUACGUGGUGGCCACACUGAUUCUCGUCUGUCUCAAAUUGUCUGGUCAGCGCGUAGCUCAUUCAUUGUCAUUACUGCUGGACAUGAUGGCCGGGUUCUCUUUUGGGAUAUCCGCCUGCCCUCAAAACCCAUCGAUUCACUGGACAACACAUCAGCACCUGGCUAUUCUUCCUACUCACAUGACGGUGAGUCCUUUUGCAUUUAG